AUGGAGCCACCCGCAGCGAAACACGGCUCCUUGCGGAACAUUCUGGUUCGUCUAUUCUCCUUCGCCGUUCUCAUCCUCGCCACGCGAUUCGCCAUCAUCGUCACCGUCCGCGGCGGGUCCUGCGAAUCCGCCGAUUUCUUCUUCUUCUCCGAAAACCUCACUCUGUCCUCCCCCUCCCCCUCCUCUGACGCCGGAGAUCCGUUUACCGGCAAGAACUGGCGCCGUUCCGUCGAGUACUACGCCGCCAUUUUCCAGGACCUCAUUGCAGACGGCUUCCUGUCCCCUAACUCCCGCGCCCUCUGCAUCGACACGCCCGCGGGCGAGGACGUCCUCGCUCUAAAAGAGGUCGGCAUCGUUGACUUCGUCGGAAUCUUUAAGAAACCGUCGCCGCCGCUGAUCCUCCACGGUGACGGCCGCUGGCAUCCGUUCUCAGGUGACUCAUUCGACUUCGAGUUCUCCGGCAACGGCGGCUUGGAACGUUCGCGCCCGGCGGAGUUCGCCGCGGAGAUCUGCCGCACGCUUCGUCCCGGCGGUUUCACGGCAGUGCACGCGGCAGUGAGAGACGCUUACAGCUUCGAUUCUUUGCUUGAAUUGUUUAAAUGUUGUGAAUUGAUCAGAACUCGAGAAAUCAACGGUGUUGAAUCCUCUCUGGUUCUUGAAAUCUUGUUGAAGAAGAAAAAGGAAAACCUUAAUUUCGAAAUGGAAAGUGUAGAUAGUAGCAAUUUCGGGAAUAAGUGCUCUAUUCCUGGGUAUAAACGUGAAAUGGUUAAAAAUGCAGAGACAUUGAUUGAGGAAGAGCCAUUGAAACCUUGGACUUUAUUAAAGAAAAAUGUGAAGAACGUAAAGUACUUAAAUUCUUUGUUGAAGGCAUGCAAUGAUCCUCUCCAACACGAAAAUAUACUUUGGAUGAGAUGGGAUGCCCUUAAAUGUUAG